AUCUAGAAAUCGGUAAUGAUUGGGAUAAAGUUGAUACCGUUGAGUGAGUUUCGGCAGAGAAAUGGAGUUGCGUUGCUUCAGGAAUGUCCGGAUACCGUGUGGAGUACGAUCAAAGAAGAUCAGUACGAGAACCUGGCAACACACACACAGAAGGGGAUCGAUUUUUUAGACAAAUACGGAAACUUUAUCCGUGAUCGCAGUGCCAUCGAAGUCGAGUAUGCCGCGAGGCUGAGGCGGCUCGUCAAAAACUAUCAACCAAAAAAGAGCAAAGAAGACGAAGAAAAUGAAUUCUCCUCCUUCCAAGCGUUCAAGUGCAUCCUCAAGGAGGUCGCCGACCUGGCCGGCCAGCGCGAGGUCGUCGCCGAGAACCUGCAGCUGCAGGUGCUGCAGGGCAUCACGCUGCUCGCGAAGAACCUGCGGGACGAGCGCAAAAAGUCCCUCAACGAGGGCAUGAACCUCACCCAGAACCUGAGCGGCCAGAUCGCGUCGCUGGACCGGGCGAAGCGCAACUACGAGAAGGCGUUCCGCGAGGCCGAAAAAUCGAUCGACGCGUACCAGAAAGCGGACGCCGACUUUAACCUGAGCCGGGCGGAGGUCGAGAAGCAGCGCAACAACAUGAACAUCCGGUGCGGCCAGUCCGAGGACGCCAAGAACGAGUACGCGAACCAGCUCCAGAAGACGAACAAGCUGCAGCAGACGCACUACGAGACGUCGCUGCCGGAGGUGUUCAACCGACUGCAGGAGCUCGACGAGAAGCGAACGCGAGGGCUGAAGGAGUUCAUCAAGGGCGCGGCGGACGUGGAAUCGGCGGUCGCCCCCAUCAUCGCGCGGUGUCUCGAGGGCAUGGUCAAGGCAGCGGACUCCAUCAACGAGAAGGAAGAUUCGCUCAAAGUCAUAGAAAAGUACCAGUCCGGCUUUCAGCCGCCCGGGACCUUCCUUCGAGACCUCUCGAAAGCCGACUCCGACACCUCCAACAACUCCCAGACGUACAGCACCUCGACGGGGGCCGGGCUGAACCACCUGACGGCGAAGGGCACCACCAAGGACAAGCUGAAAAAGCGCGUCGGACUGUUUGGGAUCUUUACCAGCAAUAAGAAGAUUGUUGAAGCCUGCAUUCAAGUGAAGAACAACCUCUCGACGGACGGUAUGAAGGAAGAUUUCAGCGACCUGCCGCCGACGCAGCGGCGGAAAAAGCUCAUGGGCAAGGUCCAGGAGCUGCAGCAGAAGGUCGCCCAGGAGCAAGCGGCCAGCGAGGGCCUCAUGAAGAUGAAGGGCGUGUACGAGGCCAACUCGCUGCUCGGCGACCCGCGCUCCGUCGAGGAACAGCUCAACGAGUCCGUCAACAAGCUGGACAAGCUGCGGCUCGAGCUCCAGCGGUACCAGAAGCUGCUCGAUCAGGCCAACAGUCAAACCAUCGCCCAGCACAGCCCGCAGGCGAACCGAACCGUGAACGGCGUCAACGGGAGUGCCCAGCGGUCCUCCAGACAUUCCAACGGCAGCAGCAAUCACGACCACCACGACCAUGACCACGGCGAGGACCAUCCGGACCACGACGCCGGUAGCUUAAGCAGGUCAGCAUCAGAGAGUAGUGUACAGCAACCGCAAAGUGGGCUUAAUAUUAACAAUAACGGCAGUUCCGCUAGUCCCGAGAGUGGCCUCGGCACGUCGCACACGUCGCUGCCGGGUUCCGGCCAGGGCAGCACCAACGACCAGCCCAUCAACGACGAGAUGUACUACGAGGCGGACGCGCUGCAACCGCUCGGAACGUGCAAGGCGCUGUACCCAUUCGAUGCCACGAGUGAGGGAAGCAUUCCGAUGUCCGAGGGCGAGGAGCUGCUCGUGAUAGAGCUGGACCAGGGUGACGGCUGGACGCGCGUCCGGAGGUUAUGUGGUCCCACCGGCUGGGAGGAGGGAUUCGUGCCGACGAGCUACAUCGAGAGUACGUUGUAUGCGUAGUGUUGAUCGCAACGCAUCCUCCCGGAGAGGGAGACCUUGAUCUAACGCUGUGUUUGAGAGGAUUGCGGAAAACAGCGACAGAUUCUUGUACAUAGUUAAGGUAGUAUGAUGGUUAGGCACGGAACGAACGAAAAACUAAAACGAGCAAUGCAACAAUGCCUGUCCGCGCGCGGAAUAGUCAGAACGCCACGCUACUUUCGGUAAAUUAUUACUGCUGUCCACAACUUUCCAGUUUCGUUGCUUCCGUUGGAGGAAUUUCCGCGUUCUGAAGUUUCAUGAAAAAAGUCGUCCUCACCCUAACUUUAUAUAGUAUACUUUGUAAACGCGUAGAUCAAUUUAAUUUAGUCACGUGACCCCGUCUGUUUUUAUUUAGCCGUAUGCAAAGAAUAAGUAAAUUGAGCGUGAUAGAACUCAGAAUGAGUGCGACGAAGAAUGAACGCGAACCAAUGCUCAAAAGGUAUAUACAAGAAUAUUUUUUAUUUGUAAAAAUUAACCUUUACAAAACUUAUACAGAGAGAGAAAGAGAAAGAAAGUAAAAAGUACGGAAUUGCUAGGUGGAAAGCAUCGUCGUCGGAAACAUUGCCAUUAAAUCGAGAAAGGACUCACGCGAGCGCGCGAUGCGAAACAUACACUAAACUCAUAUACAAAAAAAAACACAUUUGAUUAGAAUCAUUUCAUUUUCUCUUAGGAAGAAAACAAAAACAAACCUUGCAUAUUCACAUCGCUUCAUAUCUUUGCCGCAAGUAAACGGAAUCAAUUUGAAAAAAUGGAUAGGAUCGAAACACAAAGAAAAAAAACGAAAGAAUGUAACUAAACUAAACAUUUACUGUUACUAUUUAAAUAUCUCCUACUCAUUGUCCGUAAGUGAACAAUCUUCCCUUGGGGAAGAUGCAGCAAAACGACCCGAAAAAUCUUAGAUCUUUCAAUUUAAAGCAAGAAACCCUUCUCAUAUAAUCGACAGCCAAUACAAAUCUGAAUGAAUAAUCAAUAUUGAACUGUGCGGUAGAAACGUAGUUUCUACAGAAAUGCAAACUCAAUAAUCUGGACUGCAAAAACAGUCAACGACAGCGCCUAUAUAUUUCUAUAAACACUCAUAGAAGGCGGUUUCCCAUUUGGAGUGGUAAUUUGAUCAAAUUUUGCCACCAUAAUGUACUUUUGGAGGUAGAUUUUGGUUUACCCUGUCAUCGCUCCGCUGACCUGCCAUUUCUCCCCAAGAUGAUACAGAAAAUGUGCUCUUUUCUGCAGCAUUUCGAAUUUGUUUAACGAAUUCUUUUGUUGUUUUUUUUUAAUCAAUAACAAAAGAAAAGUCAAAACAAAUUCAAAAAGCUGUGAAAGCGAAUCAUGUUCUAUUUGAUUCGGUUAAUUUUUUCUUCAAAACUAGAUCGAAUUAGAAGAUUUUUCUGGAAUCCGUCACUUCACGUCACCACUGUUGAAUUCGUACAAAACUGCAAAUUUUACCGUAGAUCCGGAAGGAUCACCAAUGCGGAAAUUGCUUUUGCUUGUUUUUAUCGCGAAAAGGUUCGUCAAACUGAGCACGCGGUUUUUUUCAGACUUUGACAGCUGAGCCAAGCGCGUCGACUAUGUCGACUUUGGCUGCCGAUGCGUUACGGAGGCUCACUUUCCAAAAGGGCCUGUGACGGCAAAAGUUGAUCAAAUUACUUUCUCGACCAAAUGUAAACCGCACCAAAUCUUAACUGUUGAAUGAAACACAAGCAGAAACAAUAGAAACACAGAAAUUGAAAGUUCUUGUUAAAUAUGCUGCACCUCCAUCGAUCACCCGUUCCCUCCUCCCCCCUCACGCAGUUCUCAACAUUGUAAAGCAUGAGAAAGAAAUCAAAUAAAACAAAAACUGAUAAUCACAACCUGAACUUUGAACCCGACUCGAACCAUUUCGAAGUGCAAAUUAGAAAUGUGUUUAUUUCAUUUUAUUUUUCGCAUCCGUUUUUUGGGCGAGCCUCUUCUUAAAUGUAUUAUUUUCUGUAGCUUUCGCGAAUCAAAUAACGAUGACGACUUUAGGUUCAAUUCGCGCUAUCUUUUUUUUGUUUGUAAAUAAUCUAGACGCUCUACGCAGGAAAUUAAUUAGUUAGGUACUCCGAACAUUGGAUGGAUCGCUUAAACGACGCCUAUCAUGAUGUUCCAAUUUUAAUCAAAGUGCGCCUCCGGCGCAAGCAAUAGAAGUUCAGUAAUUUACAUUUUCUUUUUUCCCAGCGCAGUGAAUAUUUUUUAGCGGAAAAUAUAAUUCUAGAACGAGCUUUUUGUAAUACCGAGUCCAAAUUCAGCAAUACCUUUAUUGUAGAAUUAUAAUUUACAAAAUAUGA